CCGUACUUGGAAGGCUUGCAAGGGCAGACGUGGGGGACAGCUGAUCUCAGAGGCCUUGGAAGAUGGACUGGAGGCGCCACUCAGUCCAGCAUUUUCUCAGGAAUAUAUUUAUCAUCUUGAUGGUUUCCUACCACCUGUGGGCAGCACCAGGUAGGGUCUUUCUCCAUGCCUCCUACCCUUCCCCAAAUGGCUAAUUCUUUGGUUGCAACCAUUGAGGCAACCCACACAACGCUGCAGAAGAGGCGCAGAAAUGCUAAGGGGACACAGAAGUCUUGGAGGACUCCGUUGGUUAGAGUGUGGUGCUGAUAACGCCAAGGUUGCAGGUUCGAUCCCCGUAAGGGACAGCUGCAUAUUCCUGCAUUGCAAGGGGGUUGGACUAGAUGGCCCCCAGGGUCCCUUUCAACUCUGCAAUUCUAUGAUUCUAUGACUUCUUUCUGAAGGCACCCAAGACAGGGAGCUUAGCAGUUUGUUGACUGGGCUGUAUCCCAUGUGGCGCAAACUUGUUUCAGGGGAUUGUGUUGGAGAGUUUGCAGUGGGGUCUGGUCAUGGGGAAAGAAAGGCAACAGUGGGAGAUGUUGAGAAGUGAAAAUAACAUCUGUUUGACUCCUGGUUCUUAAAUCUGCCCUUGAUAUGUUUCCCUGGAGAAAAUCCUGCAGGAAGGAAAACAUCUGAUCCUCUUGGAUCAACAAACACCCGGAUUUUGCAGAAUUCCCUCCUGCUGAAUUCUGAAAGGAGAAUGGGGAAUGAAUUGGACAACAUUUUCUCUCUGGAGAAAAUAAUAAAGGUGGGAAGGGAAGAAGUUAGCUCCUCUUGGGUCAGUGAACAUCCAGAUUUUGCAGCUUUCCCUUCUGCAGAAUUCUGCGGAAUUCAGCCUGCGGAAUUGCAUCUUUGAAAGCCGGAGACUGGGGAGUGAAUUGGAUCCUCUCAUUAGAAUAAUGUUUGUUUCAAGUCUGCAAAAGGUUGUUACAGACUUCCCUCGGGCACUUGCCCAUGUGCUGUACGAACAGCAAAGGUUCCUUGGAAUCCCAUCCAAACCUAAGUAUUUGUGCCACGGUGUUUGAUAAAUUUGCCCUUCCAUAUCUGUGUGAGACCAUUGGACGGAGCCAGGGGACUGAUCCAUUUAGCCCAGCGUUGUCUACUCUGGCUGGCAGCAGCUCUCUACGGGGUUUCUGGCAGAGUCUUUCCCCAGCACCACCACCCCUGCCUGGAGAUGCCCCUGAGAAUCCCUAGGACCUUCUGCAUGCAAAGCAGGCACUCUACCUCUAAACCAUAAACAAAACCAAGUUUCCAGACCUCGUGAUUGUAAGGACUAAAGGAAGCUGUUUGAUACUGAGUUGGACCAAUUGCCCCAUUUAGCUCCAUAGUGGCUGGUUGGUGGUGGCUGUGCACAGUUUCAGGCAGGGAAGCCUUGAACCUGGGACCUUCUGAAUGCCAAGCAGGGGUCCUGCUACUGAGCUACAACCCUUCCACCUUCUUGGAAGGGCAAAAUGUUGAAUGGUUUGUUUGUUUUUGCAUGUGUGUGUGUUUUAAUGUUCCCAUUUUGCAGACGGGUCCGAGACUGCCCAGGGAGAGAGCCCUUCAACCCUCCAUUUCCUCAGUCCAUCCGCUGGCAAAGAGCCCAUCAGAUAAGGAAAUGCAAUUCGCAAAUAAAUCAAGUGCCCUCCGGAAUGUUAUAAAUCCUCCAGGUGUAAUGAAGCAGAACUGAAAAGAACGC